AACCGUCAAAUUGUUGGUCAAGUUAUCUUAAAAUUUGGGGGUUUUGUAGGGUUUUGUGCCCAUUUUCACACACAGAAUUCUAUCCAUAAAUCUAAUAUGGGUUCUUUGAAAAUUAAUGAAACAGAGCAAUUUAAAGAAGAAGAUGAACCAAUUCUAAUGGAGCAGAGCCAGAGAUUUUGUAUGUUUCCAAUUAGAUAUCAUCAACUUUGGGAGAUGUACAAGAAAGCACAAGCUAGUUUUUGGACUGCGGAGGAGGUUGAUCUCUCUUUGGAUAUACAACAGUGGCAAAAUUUGACUGAAUCUGAGAAGCGAUUUAUAAGUCAUAUUUUAGCCUUUUUUGCUGCAUCAGAUGGAAUUGUUUUGGAAAACUUGGCUGCAAGAUUUCUUAACGACAUUCAAAUACCCGAGGCUAGGGCAUUUUAUGGAUUUCAAAUUGCAAUGGAGAACGUACAUUCUGAGAUGUAUAGCUUGCUUUUGGAAACACUCAUCAAGGAUUCCAAGGAAAAGUACAGAUUGUUUAAUGCAGUUGAAAACAUUCCAUGUGUUGCAAGAAAGGCCCAAUGGGCUUUGAACUGGAUUAAAAGCUCGAAUUCAUUUGCUGAAAGACUCGUUGCAUUUGCAUGUGUCGAAGGGAUUUUUUUCUCGGGAAGCUUUUGUUCAAUUUUUUGGCUCAAGAAGAGGGGAGUGAUGCCAGGUUUGGCUUUCUCAAAUGAACUCAUAUCGAGAGAUGAGGGUCUCCAUUGUGACUUUGCUUGUCUUCUUUACAGUUUAUUACAAAAGCAGCUUCCUGUACAAAAGGUCAAUGAAAUAGUAGAUGAAGCUGUUGAAAUAGAGACUGAAUUUGUUUGUGAUUCCCUUCCGUGUGCACUAAUUGGCAUGAAUGCAACACUCAUGAGCCAAUACAUAAAGUUUGUUGCUGAUCGUCUCUUGGUUGCAUUGGGUUGUCAAAAGAAGUACAACGUAGAAAAUCCUUUCGAUUGGAUGGAGUUCAUUUCACUUCAAGGAAAAACAAACUUCUUUGAAAGAAGAGUGGGCGAGUAUCAGAAAGCGUCUGUUAUGUCAAACCUUCAAGGCGGUGACCAAAAUUUCGUUUUUAAAAUGGAUGCUGAUUUCUAGCUCUAUUACACAACACAGAGCCAUUUAUAUUUAGUGUUUAAAUUUUGAUUCUAAAGAGCUCUUAGAACAUGCCUCCUUAGUUAUUCUUAUUCUUAUAAUUAAUAAUCACCGAAUAUUUUGAAUGACUUAUAAUAUUUGUAUCCCAUAUUAUUAAAAUCACUUUCAAUA